GAAGAAACUGGGAUUUUGGAGGAGAUUGAGAGAAACCAAACGAUAAUGGGAAGCGCACCAGCUCAGAUUCCGACUAGUUUCGGCCAUGAGCUUAGGGCUUGUCUUCGUUGCCGACUCGUCAAGACCUAUGACCAGUUCAGGGACGCUGGUUGCGAGAAUUGCCCUUUCUUCAAGAUGGAAGAGGAUCAUGAGCGUAUCGUGGAGGUCACUACCCCUAAUUUCAAUGGUAUAAUCUCUGUGAUGGAUCCAAGUAGAAGCUGGGCUGCUAGGUGGUUAAGAAUCGGGAAGUUUGCUCCUGGUUGCUACACUCUUGCGGUCUCAGAGCCACUCCCUGAGGAAAUGCAGCACCUAUGCCAAGAAGAGCGUGUACAAUAUGUUCUGCCGAAACGCAUGUGAAGAAAAUCCAUCAAGAAGAAUACAAGAAUACAAGACCAAGUAGUGC